AUGGCGUCCUCCAAUCACAUGGGCCAACUGGCGAUACACCGUUUCUACGGAUUAGCUCUCCUGAGCUUAAUGUUCUCCGCCGUGGCCUCCGGGGAGAAUGCGGUCUCUUUGCAGUGGAGCAGUCGGCAUCUUCUAACGAAAUCUAUCGGGGGCGACUUCCCGUUUUGCAAACUGUCAUACACGGGCGCGUACCCGGUAAUGGCCGGCACGAGGCACUGCUUCAUGGUUCGACAUGUGGGUUGCACCACGAACACGACGUGCUGUGCGGCGUUGCAACGCAACGUGCACAAGAUAUCCUUUUCCGUUGGUGCGAGAUGUUUGAAGCCGGUCACGAGUCAGGUGGAGAUCAACGGCCGCAAGUGGUCCAGCUGGUCCACCGUGUCCACGGUGGACGGCGAAGCGGGGAACGGAUACAAACGGUACGGUAAUGUUCGGAUACGAUGUCCGUAUCUACGACAUGCAAUUCAAUGCCACCACGUUUCCCGGCACUUCCAUCUGCAUGACAACCAAGGAGCCCUGCGCCAGCAUCCAGCAGCUGUGCGGCACCACGACAGGAACGUGCAACCCCCAUCCAACAUCGCCAGGCCUGUCAACACCUUCUUCUCCAGCCCCGAGAACUGCAGUCGGACAUCAAGCAUCAUUAUUUCAAACUUCACCGCCGCGCUAGAGGCCGCUGGCGUCUCAAUCCGGCAACCGUUUACCUGGAAUUGCACCGGAAACUACGAGCCCGGCAAGUCAAUUCUGCCGCGGCUCUUCGUGUGCGGCUUAUAUGAUGUUCCAGCCAACCGCACUAUCUUGGAGGAGGCCCUGCGCAACGUGACGGCGAGCUGGGUUGCAUUUGUAAUAGGCACACCCGUGGUUCUCGGACAGAAGGACCGUGCUGAAUGCCCUGUGGGUCUUGACGGAUACGCUUUCGAAGGCGCGUUGGAUUCGGGGAUUAACGCUGACCCCCGGUGCCCCUAUGGUUCCUCGAUAAUAAACUGUACCGAACGGUAUGCGCCUUUUCCCCCGUCGCCAUUGCCACCGCUACCGCCGCCGUCGCCGGUGCCUGUGAAGACGCACAACUGCUCCCAGGCCACCAAAAAUGUGCCUUAUUACCUCGACAAGAUCGAGACAUACAACACCACGGACAGGAGCGGGCAACGGCUGGUCGCUAUGUGUACAACGAUUCAAGAGAUGGACUGCAAUGACGACUCCAAAUGUUGCGGCAUGGAUGCGGCCAAGGUUGAGGUCAUUAUGAAGCCCUCAUGCCAGGAUGCCCUCCGUAGCAUCACCGUCAACGGAAAGGAAAUUGCUUACAGCCGAAGCUUCUACACGGGCUUUACAGCGCUCAAGUUUGUGAAGCUGUUGACCUUGGGCGACCCCACAGCCAUGCGACUUUGCUGGUACGCCUCGCCUGGACCAUGCGCUAGCCCUGGGGGCUUCUGCUACAACAAUCGGUGCCAGGCAAGCAUCUUCUCAUCGGACAACAAGUGCUGUCCUACCUACAUGCUCUAG